AUGACAUUUAGAGAUGCAUGUUAUUCACGGGGUUUGUUAGAUGAUGAGAAAGAAUACAUUGAUGCAAUUGAAGAGGCAAGUCAUUGGUCAUCAGCUCAUUCGAUGCGGAAACUUUUUGUGACAUUGUUGAUAACCAAACCAUUGAAUAGACCAGAGAGCGUUUGGAAUGAAGCAUGUCACCAUCUAGCGGAAGAUGCACAAUUCAACCAACGUAAGUUACUUCAAAAACCAGAUCUUAUCUUAAAUGACGAUGAAAAUAAGAACAUUGUUUUGAUUGAGAUGGAAAAGUUACUAUAUGAUUGUGCAACCCUUGCUGAAAAGAUUGUUCAAUUGACAAGCAGGUUAACUGAUGAACAGAAGAGAUCAUUAUCUACAACAUUGCAAUCUAAAGGUGAAAUAGUUCUUAAUGUUGCUUCAAGCGGUAUAGCCUCAUUACUCCUACCGGGUGGAAGGACUGCACACUCUCGAUUUGCAAUACCUAUUGCUAUUACCAAGGAUUCCACUUGCAACAUCAAGCCCAUUAGUGAGUUGGUUGAAUUGAUUCUUAAGGCAAGAUUAAUAAUUUGGGAUGAUGCACCAAUGAUGCACAAGCAUUGCUUUGAAGCGUUAGACAUAAUGAUGAGAGACUUAUUACAGUUUGUUAACCCAAGGAGUGCAAAUCAAACGUUCAGCUGGAAAACAGUCGUGUUAGGUUGUGAUUUCCGGCAAAUAUUGCAUGUAGUCCCAAAAGGCACAAGACAAGAAAUAGUUGUUGCCACCAUAAAUGCAUCGUACUUAUGGGACAAUUGCAAGGUGUUAAGGUUAACUAAGAAUCUUCGGUUGAAAAGUAUGAGUGCCGACAUUGAAUUGCAACGGCUUGAGAACUUUGCGCAAUGGAUUGCAGGAAUUGGUGAUGGGACUAUUGGAGUGGAGAACACAUUCCCGAUGUUUUCAACUAACAGUGGUGAUAAUAGCUUUCUAGAAAAUCGCGCGAUUCUAGCAUCAACUCUAGAUGUGGUCAAUGCUAUUAACCAAUAUAUGAGUGAUAUGCAUGUUGCCGAGAGCAAGAAUUACUUGGGUUGCGAAAUUGUUUAUAGUUCUGAGUCGAAUGAUGGCAUUCUGGUAGACGUUCACACACCUGAAUUUCUGAAUGGCAUAUGA